AUAAGUGGGGGCUGCGGGCUGGGGAGCGGGCUGCACCUUACUAAACGCGAGAAGCUGGAGUCUGGACCCCUAGCAGCCGCUCCUAGGGGGGGAUCCCCAGCUCCCCAAGCCCCACAGCCUAGAGGAUCUCUAUUCCCCAAAGCCCAAGGCUGGGAGGCAGGAACCCUCUGUCUGCAGAGCACCUGUAGGGAGAGCCGGGAUCGCCAUUCCCCUAUCCCCCAGAGGCAGGAUCCCUAGGGCCCCUUGCUCCUGUGUGCGCUUCUCCCCACCCCUGAAGCGGGAGCCCUAUUCCGCCAUGCUGAACAUGAGCGAAUUCUGCCCAGAAGCGCUUUUCGCCAAGUACCCUGAGGGAUGUAUUGAGACCAGCCAGGAGACUUUGCGACCAGGGAGAGACCCCUCCCUCGCUGGCUUCCCGGGAGGUGAUUUCCUGAGCUCUGCUCUGAGCGGCGCCUGCGAUACCUCAGAUUAUUUCUUUCUAGAGGGUCCCUCUUCCUCACCCCCAACCGUCAGCUACACUGGCAGCUUCUUCAUUCAGGCCAUACCGGAGCACCCACACGACCAGGAGGCCCUGUUCAAUCUCAUGUCGGGAAUCCUUGGUGGCUCCUUUCCCUGGACCGACGGGGCGGUCCCUCGGGCCCCGCUGGACACCCUGUAUGCUACCAGUCCUGACACCUCACUGCCUGGGCCCUUGGACCUUUUCUCCGCUGACCUAGGCUCCUCCACCUCCUUUCCGGAGACACCCUAGACCUCGCCGACUGCAGGCACCUCCCCGCAGUGCCUCUACGAACCUCCCGUCCCACCCGACGUCAAGCCAAGCCUCCGAGCCCCUCCAGUGUCACCUGACCUGGACGCCUCCCCGGCCUUCAAAGCCCCCUACGGGCCUUGGGACCUCUUGUCCGCUGGGGCCCGAGUUAUUUGCCCAGGGAAGCUACCAGCCUAGUCGGAGGGUGGCUUCCCCCCACUUGGCUCCCAGAUCGAAGACCUACUGCAAAUCAGCUGUCCCGCGGACCUGCCAGGCCCAGCCAACAGAAUCUACACAGGCACCUACGAUGCCUUCUCCCUGUCCAGCUCUAGUCAGCUGCCCUCGGGAGACUUUGGGGAAGGGGGCGAGGGCCUCCAGCCAGGACUCAGCCUGAGUCCCCCUACGGAGGGAGGGGGCGGUGGGGAACUCCUAGCCCGGGCACAACCGUCCCCACUUAGCCUCACUCUCCCUGGCCCAGCCUCGGACUUCUCCGCGGUGCCCCCCACGACGACUGACUUCCCCCGGGCUGCGCAGCUCCCGCCCCCGACGGCAGCUCCUCCGCAAUCGCAGCCACCGCAACCUCAAUCACAGCCUGCCCAAGCCGAGCCUCGGCGCAAAGGGCGGCGGGGCGGUAAGUGCAGUCCUCGCUGCUUCUGUCCUCGGCCCCACGCCAAGGCCUUCGCCUGCCCCGUGGAGAGUUGUGUCCGCAGCUUUGCUCGCUCGGAUGAGCUGAACCGCCACCUGCGCAUCCACACCGGCCACAAGCCCUUCCAGUGCCGGAUCUGCCUGCGCAACUUCAGCCGCAGCGACCACCUCACCACGCACGUGCGCACCCACACCGGGGAGAAGCCCUUCGCCUGCGAUGUGUGUGGCCGUCGCUUCGCGCGCAGCGACGAGAAGAAACGACAUGGCAAGGUGCAUCUGAAGCAGAAGGCUCGGGCCGAGGAGAGACUCAAGGGGCUGGGCUUUUACGCGCUGGGCCUCUCCUUCGCAGCCUUGUAGGAGGCCCUCGCUCCGUUCUCCUGCAGCGUUACCGGAUCGCCACAAAGGCUCUGCGCCUCGGACACACACAGCCUACUGUGGACACUGAUGUCAGGGGCCAAACCCUCAACUGCUUUGGUCCCCAGUCCACCCUUUGCGCUGGGGCCAGAAACCCAAGAGUCCUCCGAUCCCAUUCUUCUAGUGGGCCCCGCCAUCCCCUCUUCCCUCUCGGCCCCAAAUCCCCUCUCUCUGCUGUCACUCCGGACCAACGCCAGAGGGCGAUCUUGGUUUGGCUCGGCUUUGCCCGAGGGUCGUCCACAGGUUGGUUUUAGUGAGUGUGCCCAGCCAGGCCGGGAUGUCUGGCUGUUCAGCACCACGACGGAGGACAGCUCUCCGGAAGCUCCCGGCCCAGGGAGCCCCCUCUCCUUCUACCAGCACUUUCUUUACACAGACUCAGGACACAGACGAUUGUCUUUUCUACUCUGGGCCCCGACGCCCCUCACCUUCCCCCCCUCCCCCACCAACCGGAUGCCGGGGGCUGGCGGAGGUAUAACUCUCGACCCCAGCCCACAGGAUGGGGUAGGGGCGGGGUGAAGAAUGUUUCUUUGUACAGAUCUGUCUGAGCGACCAUCGGGUCCAGUGUUCGCUUUUCUGGUUAUUAUUUAUUUAUUGAUUUUGUAAAGCAGAUGCUGCUCUCAGGCAGGUGAUAAAGCUGUGUUUAUUUUUGCAAUUAAAGCGUUUGUGCAACCA